CCAAUGUUCUUUUUAUGAAAAUAAAAUUUCUUUUUUUUUAAUAUAUAGCAUAUGUGCUUAUAACUGGCACUUUAUAGAGCAUGAGCAUGUUUUGAUUUGGUCUUUCUUGUUGAGGGUUCUUGUUUCAUUGUAUCCUGGUGUCUAGACUUUGGCCUGUGACCAUUGAGAUGGAGAUCCAGUGUCUGUGGUACUGUUUGCCAUCUCUGGGUCUACACUCAGGGUUCCUUCAUGUAGAUGCAAAUACAGAGGGUAUCAUAAUUUCCAACCUCUCUGUUCCUCAUCACAGCUAUUCAGUCUUGCUUGAAGAUAGAUUACAGAAGGACAAGGUCAAAUCCAGAUUUUGUGGUGUGAAAAUUUACCCUGGUGCGUUAUCCCUACCAGGGGAUCCGACCUCAGCCAGGAGCAGUGAGAGCCUCCCCUCCCCAGCCAUGCUGAGUACUGCUCUAAGACUGCUGAUGCCGGUAGCAGUAGUUGAAUUUCUCAUCGGUUUAAUUGGAAAUGGAGUCCUCGUGGUCUGGAGUUUCAGGGAAUGGAUGAGAAAAUUCAGGCGGUCCUCAUAUAACCUCCUUAUCCUGGGCCUGGCUGGCUGCCGAUUUCUCCUGCAGUGGCUGAUCAUUUUGGACUUAAGCUUGUUUCCACUUUUCCAGAGCAGCCUUUGGCUCCGCUAUCUUAGUAUCUUCUGGGUCCUGGUAAGCCAAGCCAGCUUGUGGUUUGCCACCUUCCUCAGUGUCUUCUAUUGCAAGAAGAUCACAGCCUGUGAUCAUCCUGCCUACUUGUGGUUGAAGCAGAGGGCCUAUAACCUGAGUCUCUUUUGCCUUCUGUGGUACUUUAUAAUCAGUUUGUUCCUUACAGUCCAAAUCGGCUUAAUGCUCUAUCGUCCUCCCCAAGGAAACAGCACCAUCCUGUAUCCCUUUGCAAGUUGGCAGUACUUCUAUGUAUUUCGGCUCAAUUCAGGAAGUGGGUUGCCUUUCAUAGUGUUUCUUGUUUCCUCUGGGAUGCUGAUUGUCUCUUUGUAUACACACCACAGGAAGAUGAAGGUCCAUUCAGCUGGUAGGAGGGAUGCCCGAGCCAAGGCUCACAUCACUGCCCUGAAGUCCUUGGGCUGCUUCCUCUUACUUCACCUGGUUUAUGUCAUAGCCACCCCCUUCUCCAUCACCUCCAAGACUUAUCCUCCUAAUCUCACCAGUGUCUUAAUCUCUGAGACAGUCAUGGCUGCCUAUCCUUCUCUUCAUUCCCUCAUACUGAUCAUGGGGAUUCCUAGGGUGAAGCAGACUUGUCAGAAGAUCCUGCGGAAGACAGUGUGUGCUCGGAGAUGCUGGGGCCCAUGAUCUGGGGAGAAAUGUGUGGUCGAGGCACUCUUGGGAUGCUCCAGCUCUCUAUAAGGGAGCUGCCUUUCAUGUCUUUAAGAUUUUCCUUCUUUUACUCCAAUUUAAUGAAUGAGCAACAGAAAAUAACGGAUCAAAACCCAAUACUAUUUCUCUUUUGGCAAUACAAAAUACAUUUUUUUAAUGUACUACAGAAAUCAAGGUUAGGGCUUCAUGUUUGGUGAAAGAGGUAUUAUAUUCUGUCUACAUAUAGCAAAUAAUUCAUAUAUAAAUUGUGUUUUUCUUAUUAUAGAAAACAUUAGGAACAAUUAUAGUGAUUGUUAAAUUUUAUGAAAUUACAUUAAUGUUAGUCAUUUUAGAUAGGCUUUUUUAAAAAAGCAUGAAAUAAUUUCCCCAUUUCUCUGCUGUAAUGACUCUAAUUAUGUAACUGAAAAACAAAACAAAACAUCGUAUAUUUCUGGAAUUUUCUUGGAGCCCCAGUCUUGGCUUUCAGAAUAAAAGUCAGUUAGAUGCCACGAUCUGUAUUAAGCUCCAAGGCUCAGGACCUGGAUUCGGGCAACAUGAGAGUGAGGAGCACUUGCUUCUGCUUAAAAAAAAGAAAAAUAGACUGCUUUUGAAGAGUU